AUGUAUGGAGUCAUUCACUUCGUUGUGAAGGAUAUGAUUCUCUCACAGUUUGGACAAGAGGCUCUAGACAAGAUUCUAAAACUUGCUGGGCUCGAGGAGAGUCAACACUUUAAGAUGUUCUACCCAUAUGAUGACUGCAUUCUUGGAUCUCUCCUGGAGGCAACCAGUCAAUGCUUAGAUCUGUCAGUGGAGACGGUGCUGGAGGUGUUCGGGGACUACUUCAUCAUGUUCACUCUACGGCAUGGCUACGAUGACAUGCUCCGGACCCUGGGCAGUGACAUGACCAGCUUCAUCCAGAACCUGGACUCGCUGCACUCUCUCCUUGCUCUCAGCUACGACAAGAUGGUGGCUCCUUCCUUCAG